UUUUUCCUUUUGCUCUGAUCCCACGCGCCGACGACGACCAUGGAGGGCAAGCAGUUUGUGCAAGUCUUUGGCCGCAAGAAGAACGCCACGGCUGUGGCGCUCUGCCGCCAGGGUAAGGGUCUCCUCAAGGUGAACGGUUCCCCCCUCAGCCUCGUCCAGCCCCAGCUCCUCCGCGAGAAGAUUAUGGAGCCCAUCCAGCUUCUUGGCAAGGACAAGUUCGCCGAGGUUGACAUCCGCGUGCGCGUCAAGGGUGGUGGUCACGUCGCCCAGGUGUACGCCAUCCGUCAGGCCAUCUCCAAGGCCCUUGUCGCCUACUACCAGAAGUUCGUCGAUGAGUCGUCCAAGAAGGUGAUCAAGGACAUUCUUGUUCAGUACGACCGUACCCUCCUCGUCGCCGAUCCCAGGCGGAUGGAGCCCAAGAAGUUUGGCGGUCCUGGCGCUCGCGCUCGCUUCCAGAAGUCUUACAGAUGAACGAGCUGUUGUGCUCGCCCUGGUGUGGUGGUGCUCCUCCUGAUCGUUCCUUUGUCUGUGUGUGCGUUGUUCCUGUUCGCCUGCGACGGGAGGCACAUUCCAUGUUCCAGGGGGUAUGUGACAUGAGUGAGUGUGGGGCAAUAACCGAGCACCCAUCGUCUCAUUAAAAUCACAAACGCAAAACA